CACCCGCACCACCACGCCUCGGCGGCCGGCAUGGCCCUGGGACUGCACCCCGCGGCGCCCGGCGGGCCGGGCAUGCCGGCGCAGGCGGCUCUCUACGGGCACCCGGUGUACGGGUACUCGGCGCUGGGCGGGCAGCACCCGGCGCUCUCCUACCCCUACUCGCAGGUGCAGGGAGCGCACCCCUCCCACCCUGCCGCCGACCCCAUCAAGCUCAGCGCCGGCACCUUCCAGCUGGACCAGUGGCUGCGGGCCUCCACUGCUGGCAUGAUCCUGCCCAAGAUGCCCGACUUUAACUCCCAGGCUCAGUCCAACCUCCUGGGGAAGUGCCGCCGGCCCCGCACGGCCUUCACCAGCCAGCAGCUGCUGGAGCUGGAGCACCAGUUCAAGCUCAACAAGUACCUCUCCCGGCCCAAGCGCUUCGAGGUGGCCACGUCGCUCAUGCUGACCGAGACACAGGUGAAGAUCUGGUUCCAGAACCGGCGCAUGAAGUGGAAGCGCAGCAAGAAGGCGAAGGAGCAGGCGGCGCAGGAGGCCGAGAAGCAGAAGGGGGGCGGCGGCGAGGACAAGGGGGAUGAGGAUCUGCUGCUGCCCGCCCCAGAGAAGAGCGCCGGGAGGAGGAUGCGGGAGCUGCCCGACAGCGAACCUGAGGACGACGAAGAGGAGGAGGAGGAGGAAGAGGAGGAGCGUCUCAGUGCAGGGGCGAAGCUGCCCCAACAACAGAGCUGCGGUGCCAGGCGGCUUUCGGGGAGAGGCGGCGGCGAUCCCCGCUGUGAGAUGGUUUUAGGAGCUCAGGGCCUGGCCGGGGCCAUUCCCUCCCGAGGGAAAGGAGGGGGUAGCGCCGCUUUCCAGGGGUGGCUCGACUUCCAAAGGAGCGAGGCGCUCCCCUGCCCUCCUCCCUCCCCACCCCGCCGGUGGAGCGCGGCGUUUUCGAUAACUGCGCGAUUUAUCUCGCCAAUAAAUUUGCAGAUCAAUUAA